CCUGCCCGGCCACAGAGAAGUCCUGCCCGGCCUGCGUUAUGAUUCUGGGCGUCGGCCUCUCUGCUCCGGACGGCUCCCGCAAACGCGCGUUUCCUCCCGCGGACAUGAGGAGAGGAAGCUACGACGACGCCGUGGCCUCGCUUCGACCGCACCUGCAGAACCUGGCGCAGCGUCGACGCUCCGCCCCGUCCAUCGCCUUCGGCCGCGCGCUGGGGAAGACCUGGACCUCCAUACGUGAGGAGGGCAUCGGCCAGGUGCCCGCGGACCAGUGUCCUUUCGUCCUGGGCCUGACCAAUGAGAACGCAGAGCUGACCCUGGACGAGAGAGUCCAGCUGACCGAGGGUGUGAAGACCAAGGAGCGGCAGCUGUUCCUCUUUAGCGACAUCCUGGUCAUCGCCAAGCUUAGGGAGAGUAGCUCCAGCUACAGGUUGAAGCACAGGGUGAAUCUGGAACAGCUGUGGAUCGUCACCUUCGAGGAUGAAGAGGACGAAGAGGGAGACGUGGGCAUCAACCUCAAAACCUCCCUGUUCCUGGCCUGGCCCCUGGCACACUGUGUGGUGUCUUUCCGUUCCCCUGAGGUCAAAGAGCGCUGGUUCGGUACUUUACACAGGAAGAUCAGGGAAGCCGCGGAGCGAUCUGGUCCUCUGUCUCCACCCCCCUCUGUACUCAUGACGGUGUUGAGCGGCAGCGUCGCUAGUAAAACCCCGGCUGGCGGAAUGGAUUCAGUCAUUCAGCUGCCUACAGAUGGCACUGCCCCCCCGGCUGUGAAGGAGGGGCCAUUGUGUAACACGGAAGACAAAGCCUGCCGCCCGAUUGGUAAGUUUCGAAACCGGAGGUGGAGCUUCUUCCUGAAGAAACUGCGGGAGAGCUCCUCCCUCUCUGUCCCCGCCCCCUCCGCUGACCCCGCCUCCCCCAAGACCCUCCUCUUCGGCCAGCAGCUGUCCAAAGUCUGCCCCGAGGAGGACAAGCUCCCGAAGCCAAUCACGGACAUGCUGAUGCUGCUCCUGAAGAAAGGCGCCUUUGCAGAGGGAGUGUUCCGGAAGGCAGCGAAUGCCCGCAGCGUGAAGGAGAUCCGUGAGCAGCUGAACAGCGGUGUGGACGUGGACAUGGAGUCCAAACCCGUCACCCUCCUGGCCGCACUCUUUAAGGACUUCCUCCGGCAGAUCCCGGGCAGCUUGCUGGUGGCUGAACAGUACGGAGACUGGAUGCAGGCCCUGGAGAGAGAGGACAUCCAGGAACGACACGCCCAGCUCAAACAGAUGAUUGACAGACUCCCGCCCACCAAUGGGGUGCUCCUGCGACACCUCCUGUGCGUGCUCCACCACAUCAGCCUCAAUGUCAGCACUAACAAGAUGGACGCCAGGAACCUGGCCAUCUGCAUCGCGCCCAACCUGCUGCAGCACCACAGCCUGGACACUGAGACCGUCAGCAAGGUUACGGACCUGACGCAGUUCCUAAUUGAGAACUGCCGUGAGAUUUUCGGGGAGCAGAUCCAGUCUCUGCUUGGAGACCCGGAUGAGGAAGAGCUCGUUGAUAACUUGGAUUCCAGGUCGUCCCAUCAGCACGACUCGGCGUAUGACAGCACUGACCCCGACGCAGAAGGAGAUUCGGGGGACCCCGCUGUGGGGGGACCGCUCAAGGCGUGUGGCAGCGCUGAGGAGGAGGAGGAUGAGCCCCGCCUCCCCGGUUGCCAGGACGACAGGCCGACGCCCAAGCCCUUGCCCCGCCGCCGCUCGGAGCCCGCCCUCUUCCCCUCCGCCGUUGUCGCCGGCAACCGGCUCGGCAGUCUGGCCCGUAGCCAUGAAGACUUCUCUGGCGGCCUGGGGUUCCAGGAGCAGCCGCUGAAGAAGCAGGUGUCAGAGGACUCCUUCCUGCUGUCCGGGUCCCAUCAGAGACAGGGCGGGGCUGAGCCUUUGGCCCCGCUUCCUCUCAGGACCGCCCCCGCCGCUCCCCAGAAGGACAGCUCCUGCUCCUCCUCCUGCUCCCUGGAGAGCUCCUUCUCCAACCAAUCAGAGAGCUCCGUCUUCACCAGCUCUCCGCUGCCCUCCCCCUCCUGCUCCAGGAGGUCCCUGUUCCCCCGACACCAGUCCUUCCACCUGGGCAAAGGAGGGGAGGACGCCCCCUCGCCCGCCCCCCUCCCCCCGCAGCCAGAGAAGGAGGUGAAGGAGGUGAAGGAGGUGAAGAGGCGGGCCCAGUCCAUGAGGAUUGGUGGGAAGAUGCGGGUCCGGAGCUGGAGCGCCUUCAGUCGGGGCGGGAGCCUGAAAAAGGGGGACCCCCAGAAAGAGGGGGCGCUCUUCCCCUGCGAGACCCUGCAGGAGGACUCGCUGAGCGAGACGACGCUGCCGGACCACGCCCCCGCCAGGCCCCGCCCCCGGCCGCUGUCCGCCGUGGAGGUGUUCCAGCAGGUGGACAGCCGGCUGGCCGCCAAGCCCCCGGCGUACGAGCAGGCCCUGCUGAGCGGGGUGCAGCUGGCCCCCCCGCAGUACCGCACCCUGACUGUGAGAGGCGCCAGAGAGCUGGAGCGGAAGUCCCGCCCCGUGUCCGUCAGCGAUGACCUGCUGCUCCGCACCCACCCCGCCUGUGACCUCACGGGCUGCCAUGCCCAGGACACGCCCGCUUUGGCCCCUCCCACUCUGGCUCCGGCUCCGCCCCCCUCCAUGUUCCGCCCGAGGGCCAUGUCCGCUUCCGCCCCCUGUGACCCACACCAGAAGGUGAUCCGCAGAUGCAGCCAGCCACUGUUUGAGGAAAUAUCGUACGCCAAGGAGUCCUAUGUGUGA